AUGCAUCUGACCUCAGUUGUCCUUUCCGCGUCCAUCCUUUCAGCCUCAAACUCCCUGGCCGUCCCCCUGGGUGGUUAUACUAACGAAGACCAAUCCUAUGGAGGAUCGGGCUACGGCAGCGGUGGUUCCAUUGGGGGCUUUUCACCUGCAGGCAUGCUCGGAGGUAUUUUCGGCGGUGGCGUAGGCGGCUCUGCCAAUGGCGGCGUCUUCGGCGGUCUGGGAGGCGGUGGAGGCGGCGGCCUCGGAGGUGGCCUCGGAGGUGGCCUUGGAGGUGGCCUCGGAGGUGGCCUUGGAGGUGGAGUAAGAGGUGGAGUAGGAGGUGGAGUAGGAGGCGGUGCUGCAGGAGGACUGGGAGGCGGUCUGGGCGCAGGCCUUGGGGGAGGUGUAGGAGGUGGACUCGGCGGCAACUUUCUCAGUCGUAGUUCCGCGGGAGGCGGCCUCUUCGGUGGCCUAGGCGGUGGAGCAUCGGGUGGCCUAGGCGGCGAUCUUCACCUCGGAGGCGAUCUUCAUGGUGGUGCUGGUGCAGGAGUUGGUGCCGGAGGACUUGGCGGCUUGGGUGUCGGAGCCGGUGGUGGUCUUGGAGGCGACUUACAUCUCGGAGGCGAUCUCCAUGGCGGCGCGGGCGGAGGUUUCGGUGGAAUCCCUUUCCUCGGCGGCGGCGCUGGAGCAGCGGGUGGCCUAGGCGGCGAUCUUCAUCUCGGUGGCGAUCUCCACGGCGGCGCGGGUGGAGGCUUCGGUGGAAUCCCUUUCAUCGGAGGCGGAGGAGCCGGAGGACUCGGCGGUGACUUACACCUCGGGGGCGGACUCUCAGGAGGUGCAGCCGGUGGUCUCGGAGGCGGUCUCGGUGGAGGAGCGGCUGGUGGACUCGGGGCUGGAUUCGGCGGAGGAGCAAUUGGCCGAAGCGUUGGCGUUGUGGGUCUACCACGACCUGUUGGUUACGCCGCUGGACCAGCAUUUGUUCCCCAAGGACCACCCACCGGCCUCUACGCCCCUCCUCUCCUCGUCGCUCCCCCACCAGUCGCCGGCCGUGUGAUUACACCUGCAGUCCCAGCCCCUGGUCCUCUUGUUGUCCCUAACUUGCCAGUUGUUCCCGCUCGGUAUGCUGCUGGUCCUCCAGCUGUCGCCCGCCCGAACACUCCCUACGUUCCCGUUUCGCCGCCUGCUGGCCCUCCCGCUGUCGCCAGCCCGAACACUCCCUACGUUCCCGUUUCGCCGCCUGCUGGCCCUCCCGCUGUCGCCAGCCCGAACACUCCCUCCGUUCCUGUUUCGCCGCCUGCUGGCCCUCCCGCUGUCGCCAGCCCGAACACUCCCUACGUUCCCGUUUCGCCGCCUGCUGGCCCUCCAGUUGUCGCUCACGUCAACACUCCCUACGUUCCUGUUUCACCGCCUGCUCUUCAUGUGCCAGCUCCCUACGUCGCCGCUCCUCUCAAUACUCCUUAUGUAGCGGCCCCCGUCCCGGGAAUCGUCUCUCAUGCACCUGCUCCUGGUGCUUACGCCACCGGCCCUAUUGCUCACGGAGGUGGAUAUGGCAGAUUCUAA